AUGGCUUUUUUCCCAAGAACUUGUUACAAGUGUGGUCUGACUGGCCACAAGGCUGAGGACUGCCCUCAGACCCAGAGAUUGUGCUACAACUGCCGUUCUCCAGAUCACGAGGCCAAGGACUGCCCACUGCCAAAGCAGACCAACACGAAGCAGUGUUUCAACUGUGGAAAGAUUGGUCAUAUCAGAUCCGAGUGCCCUGAGCCUCCUCACCGUCAGGUUAAGUGUUACAACUGCGGUAAGUUUGGCCACGUUGCCAAGGAUUGCUAUGCAGAGAAGAGAUCCGAGAAGAUUGUGUGCUACAACUGUGGUGGCUUCAACCAUCUAGCCAAAGAUUGCAGAGCUGACCCAGUCAAGUGUUACAACUGUGGAGAGACUGGUCACCUUGCCAAAUUCUGCCAUAGCAAGUCAAAGGCUAAGGUCUGCUUCAAGUGCGGAGAGGAGGGUCACCUGGCUAGAUUCUGCCCAAUGAACGACGAGGAGAAUGACGAGGAAGAGACUGCUGAAUCUCCUGCUUCUGAUGCCGCUGAGGCACCUGCUGAAGCUCAGGCUCAGACUGCUGAUGCCGAGUAA